CGUCAUUUAAUCGAUUGGUCGAAAAACGGCCUACAUAUCCCCCGUCAACAGUAGGAAACAACGGUGAAUUUGCCAACGCAUUAAGUUUUUUCCCGAGAAAUUCAUCGCUGAAACAUUCGAAAUGUUACCUAAAUUAAAAAUUUCCUCACUGCUCUUGAAGCGUUUGGAACAGGUAAAACAACAAUGCAGUGGCUGCCUAUUUGGUGUUUUCUACGGUGAAGGGACACUCCUGUUGCUGGGAUUCAAUGUCGAAUCCACAAUUGGACAGUUGAAUUAUGAACAAAUCCAACAUAAAUUCCCAGCCGAGGUGGAUUUGUGUGGUCUGGUCAAGUUUGGGGAUUGUUCGGAUGCCGAAGCGCAUUUGAGUGAAAUAUUCAAAGAUGUUGACAUCACCGAUAAUCCCAUAUUGUUGCAUUGUGAAUUGGGUACGUUGGUGGGUUUGAGGGCCUCAUUUUUAAUGCAUGGCAAAUUGGAGGAGGUGCCCUAUGAGGUAAUGGAUGAGGAACAGCUGUAUGGAGAUUUUUGUUUUACCCGUCUGAAGUUUUCCUGGACAAUUUAUACAGAAGAUAAUGCUCUGGCCGUGCGCAAGGAAAUGCAUGCCUUAAGAAAGACAAUAUCAGGUGGCAGUUUGGCUUUCAAUGUGGAACCCACAAAGGUUUUCAUUACAAGUGGUGGCGUACAAGGCGUGGCCUAUUCGGGACACAAAUCAAAAGCCAUAAAUAAUGAUUCCAUGAUAACAGAUGUUAUGGCAGCCGUCCAGGCAGCGGUGCACUUUAAUCAAGAGGACAAAGAGAAUGCAGGAGAAAAUAGGAAAAGCAAAAAAUCGAUGGCAACGGACAUCAAAUUGUCCAAUGUCUAUGGCGCAGUGGGCUGUGACUUUGAUGUCCUUGGUAUUGAGGUGUUGCGUUCCAAAACAAGGGAAUUUAAUGAUACGGAUAACAUUACCAAUACACUGCCAGCCAUGAGCAUGUGCCUAAAGCCGGGUGAGAAAAAAUACGCCAUACCAGUUGAAUUGGAACCCAUGGCCAUUUUGAAUAAAUCCACCAAGUUAUCGCGUUUAUAUGAUAUCCUCAUUGAAAGCAUAUGUAGGGCUUUGCGUCUGUGCGAGCAGAGUAUAACUGAAAAUUUGGAAGAGAAUGAAAGAAAAAUCCUCAAGGUACCCAAGACCUAUAAUUUCUUCCCGCGAGAAUUUGGUCAUUUUAUUUCCUGCUGCUAUUUGGAGGGCGUAUCCGACGAUGAGGCUAGCAUGCAAAACAAACGUAAACGUCUACAUCGUCAUUUUGGUUUGAGUGUUAUGCGACCAUAUUUCCGCCGCUCAAAUGUUUGUAUGUUCCGUAAUGAGAUCGGUGCAGGUGAGCCAUUGCUGAAUACCCAUUUGGGUUUGAAAGCAAGCGGUGUGUCGGAGGGUAAGCUGUACUUGGUCCAGGGCAAUUAUCAUUAUUAUCAUUAUCUGCAACAACAAAUGCAAGACAAAGGCUGGGGUUGUGCCUAUCGUUCGCUGCAAUCGAUAUGUUCAUGGUUUCUGCUACAAGGCUAUACUGAACGCCCGGUGCCCACCCACCUGGAAAUUCAACAAUAUUUGGUAAAGAUUGGCGAUAAACCACAAAAUUUCAAAGGAUCUUCUCAGUGGAUUGGUUCCACUGAGGUCAGCAUGUGCCUGCAGGGUUUCCUUAAUGUGGAUUCAAAAAUUCUACAUGUUAGCUCUGGAGCUGAACUGUCCACAUUGGCCUCGGAUCUGGCCAUGCAUUUCCAGACCCAAGGCACCCCCAUUAUGAUUGGUGGUGGUGUGCUGGCCCACACUAUUAUUGGCAUUGAUUAUAACGUCCAGACGGGUCAAAUUAAAUUCCUCAUCUUAGAUCCUCACUAUACGGGAGAUGAUGAUUUGCAGACCAUACAAUCCAAGGGUUGGUGUGGCUGGAAGGGUAUGGAUUUCUGGGAUAAAAAGAGCUAUUAUAAUUUAUGCCUACCCCAAAGGCCAAUAAUGUAUUAGACGCAGAGCGCAGACCGAGAAGUCGAUUAUUUUAUUGUUAUUUAUUUUUGACUAUAUUCUGUUGUUGUGGAGAUUUUGGGGAUUUUGUUUUUAAGGAAACAAUGGAUUGAUUUUUGUUUUUUCUUGUCCCGCAUAGACAUCAACCCGUUUUUUAGGGAGAAGACCAAACGAUCAUCCUUCUUUUUAUAAUUUUAUAUGCACAUUUUUUUU